UUGCAGAUGAGUAUAGAAGUGGAGAGGAAGUUUGUGUGUGAUGCCAAAAGUCUCAAAGUCCUGGAGGAAAUUGGAGUUUGUGCCGGUCAGUGCCAAUUCCAGGACCGGUACUUUGACACCCCACAAUUUGACCUGACUUUGAGAGACUUCUGGCUGCGUCAACGCAAAGGAUGCUGGGAGCUCAAGUGUCCACUCGCACCGGUCAAAGGGGCAAGCGCGACUCCCGGAGAACCAUCCAGAGCAGACACACUUUGCACUCGCUAUAAAGAAAUCACUAACGUGGCCGAUAUUCAUCUGAAGCUAAAGGAAGUUCUUAAGGACAUUUUCAAAAAUGAAGAAAUCUUAAUGACUGAGAGCUGCCAGACAUUAAUUGACCACCAAAAUGAGUUUUGGGCGAGUGCUAUGAAUCUGGUAUGCUUUGCUGAAUUUACCACAGUGAGGCGAACUUUCACUUUCGAAGGCGAGGGUGUGCACGUAGAUCUAGACGAAGCGGAUUUUGGCUACAGUGUGGGAGAAAUCGAGGUCCUCCUACCAGAGGGAGGAGACAUGCAGGCGGCUCUGGACAAAAUUGAAAGAACCGCAAAGAAGCUUGGUGUGACCGGAGACCAGGGAGUUGAUGGGAAAAUGUCUGUUUACCUUCAAAGAAACUACCCAGCACACUAUGCCAGGCUAUUGAGUCAAAACAUUUUGUAA